UGCUGUUUUCAUAUACCGCUCCCCUAACCAACUUAGUGACGAAACGGCCUCACCUAGUACCAUAGACCCGUCUUGCUAUAGUCAGUGCAGGUCGCUGCAAUUUUGAGUGUGAAAAAGGUUUAUUGUUUACAUUAAAACAACCUCAAAUCGGCCCAAUUUUUCGCUUGAAGUUACUAUCCGCUGGUAGAAUUACAUUGAAUCUUCCUUGAUAUCUCUCCAGAAUGGUUAAUUUCCUGCCUAAAAUACUAAGAAGCAAUACAACAGUAAUUUCUAUCAUCCGCAGAGUGAGCCAAACUGUAUCCAAUAACAGUAACUGGCGAGAGAGAAAACAUGUUUCAAGAAAUCCCAACAAAAGCGGUCCCCUGACAGAUUUGCCUGAUUAUACGUUUUUGGAUGGCAAAAUCACUUCGCUCGGGUCGAACCAGAAGAAAAGGGUUGUACAACAGCGUAAUUUGGUUGCUACCAUUGUGACACUUUCGAAAGAAAUGGACUCCGCUUUAGAGCGUUAUGAAAGGCUACAACAGGAAAAGGAACAUAAUAUGAGAGCUCGCGCUGGUAGUAAACUCAAACCAAAAGGACAUUUAUUGUUAUCAAAAUAAUGAACAUUGCUUGGACUGUAGUUACAUAAAAG